AAUACACAUUUUUCCGUACGUCUUUACUCUAGAAAACAUGAGCCGGCGAUCGAAAAUUAUAAGUUCGACGUAAUAAAACUUCUUGCUCGGCACAUAGAUGUGAACCAGCUGAUUUAUUUACAUGUGAAACGUUUAUAGAAAAGAAAAAUAAAAGCAUUUUCGUGUGUGAAGUGAUUCGCGUUUUUAUUAAAUUGUGGACAUUAAUAAAUCAAAUAAAAUGCUGGGAAGUCGGCGAAACUUAAAAAGGUUGGGAAAUCCCAAAAAUGCAAAAUCGAGCAUUAAAGCACCUUAACUCAAAGGGCGAACAGGUUCUACUCGAAGGUGAAAAACGAUGUGAAAAUUGUAAGAGGUUAGAGGACAAAAUUGAUCAAAAAUUCCAAGAACUAGAAGAUAGAACGAAUCAUCAAAAUACAAUUAUAAUGGAAGCUUUGGCAGAACAAAAUGUCCUAAUUAAUAGGCUUAUUUUCCAAGAUGCAGAAAACUUGAAAGUGACAUCCACUUUCCCAAUAAAAAGCGAUAAUGAACUUAAAGAGCUAGACCAAAAAAUUGAUGAUUCUAACAUUAAAAACUAUGUAAAUAUAGUUAAGAAAAUUAUUUGUAAUAAUUUGCAGGAAAACAUUGACCUACUAUUGGAGCCUGAAUUUCUUUAUGAAUAUAAUAUUGACGGCAGUCAUGGAAAGAAACGAUUGAAAGAGUAUAAAAUGUUUGAAGUUAUGAAAGAUUGCGUUAUUUCGAUAUAUGGCGCAGAAGGUGCUGAAGAAAAAAUACGAAAAGCGAUUCAUUUAUCAAAGAAGCGGCAGUUAAAAAAGUUGCUUACGAAUAAAAGAAAUGCCACCAGCGAUGUUAAUAAAUAAUGAGUAUAAACUCCUUUAAAGCCAAUUGACGAAAUUCGAUGAAUUCUUUUUUUAAAAUGAAGUUUUGUAUUAUUUUUCACAUAUUUUUCUUUACAUUAAUGAUUCAAUGAUUUUCUAAACAGGAUACAAGAAAACUGAGUAAGUGUAUGGUGUCUUUUAAUAUUAGCAUUGUUUUUCAAACUAAAUUUUAUUUUUUUGUUAAUUUUGCAUUAAACUGGGCUAAGUUUUAACAGACACCGUAUAAAUCCGAUUUUCGAACUUUGUACGAAAUGUAUGAGAAUUUUGUAGUUUCACCUAAACUUCAAACUAUUUAAUAAGAAUUUAAUAAAAAUCGAGUAUGUAGUUUUAUACCCCAUUCAAAUUUAGUAUAAUAUUGUGCAAACUUUAAAUGUCUUAAAGUACAUACAUAUGUACAUAAAGUAUUCUGAGAUUUCUCUUUAUAUGGAAGAAAAUGCGUGACACCGACAGCAUAAAAAUUAUCAAAAAUCAACACGAACUUUAAGACAUUUACAGUUUGCACAAUAUUAUACUAAAAUUGUACGGGCUAUAAAAAUGCACACUCGAUUUUUUUUAAUUCUUAUUAAAAAGUUUGUGGUUUAGGUGAAACUCCAAAUUUCUCAUACAUUUCGUAUAAAGUUCAAAAAUUGGAUUUAUAGUGUUUGUUAAACCUUAAGCCAUAUUUUUAUACAGUAUGGAUUAACAAAAAAAUAUUUAAUAUGAAAAGCAUUGCAAAUAGUAAAACUAAUCAUCGUAUAUCAGUUUUGUGACUAAGGGUAUAUUAAUAUGUUACAUUCGUUAUUAAAUUGAUUUUUUUUGCUUAAAAUAUGUAACAAAAUAGUAGUAGUCGACAUUUGACCACUUUCGAAUAUUAUUCUUUUGUGUGUUUAAUGCUCGUUAAAUUUUUAUAAGUGAAUAGCACAUUAAAUAACAGGACCCAUAUACAUAUGUACAUAAAUCGAAACGUAAAAAAUGCAUGUAUAUUUCGAAAAUAAGCUGAAUUUCUUUUUUCUAUGAAUAAAUAACGUAAAAAAAAAUUUUAAGAAAUCAUCAGUUCUAAGAAGGGCAGGGAGGU